CUGCACUGUGGGACUGCCCUAUAUAUUGGAGCCUUUGCCCACGAGGAAGUAUCUUAGGGAGUCAGGCACUGGUUGUGUUUCCAGAACCCCUAUUUGCCAGGAACGGCACCCAGGUAAAACUAGAAUGUAGUAAUCCACCCUGAGCACAGACUGCUUCCUUCUCCCUGGCCCCAGUGAUGCAUCUGGGAGGCAUCACUGAGCCCUAGCAAGAGAAGAAUUACAGUUUCAACAUUUUGAACAGUGGCAGUGCUGGAGCCACAGAGGGAGGGCAGCCACAGCCACAGACGGAGGGAGGCAAAGCAAGUUUGUGCAUCUGAUGACAUACCUCUGGGGGAAACUUAGAACUCUAGGAGAGGCCCCACCAGAGCAAUUGGAAUCCUGAGUUAAUGAUUACAGUGAAGCAGAGUAAGGCCAAAAACAAGAGGACUCUGGUGAAACCGAAAAUGAGGUGGAGAGAGAACUCUGCACCGUAGGAAAUUCAGUGAGAGAGAGGCUCAGGUUCUGUUGGUGAAACACUGAGUUUGGACUGACUGGCCACUGGUAAGCCAAGAGAAGAAGGUUCUGAAAUAUUCUGGAGCACUUGAUAUGCAAAGGGAAUUUUGAAUUACAAAUAGAAGAAAAUGGGAGAACAAGGCAGUUUUGAGGAGGGGUAGGUUUACCAUAUUUACAUGGACUAUUUCAAUUUGCUACAGUGUUUCACAGAAAGGAUCUAUAGAAGCUGGCACGACCGCGGGGAUUUAUGAGGUGGGUGGAGCAGGGAGCUUGGCGCGGCCCAGAUGUGGCUUCCAGACCUGGCAGAGAGCGGAGGUAUGCAAAUGUGGUGGUUGCGGACAUCGGGCAGCGGAGUAGCCCAGGUGCCCAACAGUUGCUGAGCGCUCCCAGGUGGGUCUGGAAAGACAUUUGCUCAGAAGUGAGCUGGGCUCCCAGAAGCGCUCUAAUUUCUUCAGAUCAUCUGAUAGCAGUCUCUGAUGUUUACCAGCUUCAGGGAGAUCAGGCCAUUGUGAUUUUUUUUUUUUUUUUUUCUGUAAUAAAACUAGCCUCAGCCAGCCAGACUGGGAACUUACUGCCUGAGCUGUUUUCCAACAUGGUUUUGCUGGCAAAACUAGACAAGAGUGUUUCCUCGACUCUCAAGGGGCCUAUUUACACUGACUUUAUUUUUUACUGCCAGUUUUCAAGUGGGAAGAGGGAGAUUAUAUUUAAAGGUCAGCAGAUGACAAGCGAAUGCUCCCAAUUUGGAUAUGAGAACUGAAGGGAAGAAUUGGGAAGGGAAGUCUCUGGUCCAUGUACACAUUCCCAAGGAAAUUUAGCACUGAGACUGACAUUCCUGGGAAACCAAUUUGCAACUGUUGUUCUCCACUGAGGGACAAACCACAACAUUGCUGCUCUACUAAGGAUUGACCGAGAAACCAUGAAAUCCCCGUCUGCAGGAGACUUGGAAGACUACCUCCUGAAUAAGGUGGACUUGAGGCGCCAGCAGAUCUCGCAGAUUGUGGAGGAGGUACAGAGGGUCGUCCACCAUCUGACCACAGAGAUCAGCCUCCAAGACCUCCGAUUUCAGGCCGUCCCUUACUCUGACACAUACAAUGGGAACAUUAAGGUUUUGGCCCCCAGCCAGUUCCUCGUCACGGUCCCGGUGAAGGGCCUGGUGGGGUACAGGGAGGCCAGGGAGCAGCGCUGGCGAUACUACACCCUGCGGGGCACCAGGCUCCCCUGUCCCUUGCAGGACCCAGAGGGCCUGCGGCAGUGGCUGGAGGCGGAGCAGUUCAUGAAGAGCCAGUGGCAGUGGCAUGAGGCAGACGUGAACAUUGAGGGAGAUAUUGUGCCCGCCAAGGUGCUCCAGGUAUUCCGGAAGCUGGUAGAAAACGCAAUUGGAACCUGUCAUCUCUCAGGUAAGGUCAGCAUGCUGACGCAGCUCGCCACAGUUUGGGUUGCCGUGGAAACCUCCACAUGUCAGGUGGAGCUAGAGCUGGUCCCCACGGUGGAGAUCCCUACCGUCUGGCCCGAGAAAGCUCGCUGGCCUCCCUGUCUGAAGCGCUGGCCUUCCCGACAACGAGUGGAGUGUAUCAAGUCGUUUGGGUUUGCCUUGUUGGCCUGUUCAAAUUACCACUGGCAGCAGAGUUUCCUGCAGGCUGAGCAGGUGCUGCUAGACCAGCUGGAUGAGGACGGGGGCUGCCGCAGGAAGUGCUUCCAGGCCCUGAGGCAGAUGAAGGAGGACGUCUGGUGUCCGGGAAGGAGGCCUGUCGUCACGUCUCACCAUCUGCAGACGGUGCUCUUUUGGACUUGUGAGAAAUACCCCCACCCGAAGGAGUGGCAGGUGUUCAGCAAAGCGUUCCUGCGCCUGGUGAGGAAGCUGCACAAGUGUGUGAGCCAGCACUUUCUGAAGCACUAUUUCGUGCGUAAGAGCAACCUGCUCCAGCAUGCCAGCUCGGGCGAACUGGACACCGUGGCCCAGAAGCUGGCUCUCUUCCUGAAGAACCCCCAGAUCGGCCUGCCCUGACGUUGCCCCUGCCUGGGAGGCUCUUGGACACUUUAUCCUGGCUCGACCUCGUUCCCUGGAGGAUCCUGCUCAGGAGAGAAGCAACGUGUGGCACAGGAGAUGACAUUGACCCACUAGCACUUAAGGGGGGAACACUGUACCCCAAGAUGUCCAAUCUCAGCUUCCCUAGAGCCAAGCAAGCAUUUCAGCCCUCACGAGCUACCUCUCUCGGGGACAAGCUGUCAUCAGGCUUCCCCAAGCCAUCGAUUCCGAGCUGCUGACAGCACUGGAUGUGUUCUCCUCGCUCGGGCUCUGAGUGUCGGCCGGGGAGGAUGGAGACAAGAACCCCUGGGGGGCCAGGCAUCGGCCUGCGGCCCAGGACUGGUGCUCCAGCCCACUGACCGUGGGCUCAUUACCUUUCCACUCGCAAAUGCAGCUGUGAAUGUACCUUUCUGAGCCUGCGGGACUAUGCUGGUGCCCUUACUAGAGGAGGGCACUGGGUCAACACAAAGUGUUAGUCAUUGGUUGGUAGCCGGCGUUUGCCUGCUGGAUCGGUACCAACACCGCUGACGGGGUGAUUGUGUCUGACCGGUGGGCACGCCUGCCCUGGCCUUCCUGCCCUCAGUUCUCCUGAACCGUACUUUGGGUCGUGUGGUUCUAGCUGCUUCCCUGGUGUUCUCUAAGAGGGGAGAGGGUGGUUUUGAUGGCCAGUGUCGGCCAGAGGUGAAAGUUCAGCCCUGCUUGCCAGCCUGCUCUGGUCAUUCCCCUUUUCUUGUGCCCGAUGUUUUAUAUUCUUGGAAUGGGCCCAGGAUGAUGACCUCCAAGAAAUGGCUUGAUGUCACCCAUCUCUCAAUACCUGCCUUUGCUCACCUCAUUCGCUCACUCAUUCAUGGGUAGAUACAUGCUCAUUAGGCACUGGGAGUAGAGCGAGGAGCCAAAUGGACAAAGGAUGUACCCCUUGGGGGACGGCACCUAAUGUCAAAGACAGGAAGUGCACGACAGAUAAAUAAACACGAUUAUUACAAAUGGUAGCAAGUGCCCUGAAGGAAACAAACAGGAUAUUGACAUAGAGCCACAGAGAGCUCCUGGAAGGAUGAAAAUGCAAACAGCUGAAGGGGAAGGGAAGCGGGGGGCAGGGCAGGCUUGGAGGGGCUGGAAUGGGUCAGAUCACUGAACCUUGUAAAGCUGGCAAGGAAUCUGUAUUUUAUUCUAAAAUCAAAGGCAUGACAGUUGGCCUUUCCCAGAGCAGUAGGGUAUGGUGAUAUGAUUUACAUUUUGUUUGUUUAUUUAUGACUUGCAUUUUAAAUGACCAUUCCAGUGACUGUAUAAAGGGGGAGUAGGGUCCCACACAAGAGUUGAGGCAUUGAAGGCCAGUAAGCCCACCCAUUUUGAAUUUCACUGAGGUCCCCGGGGCCACACAUCCCAUGUGGCACAAAGAAUGCUUGGGGAGGUCAAUGCUUUCUUCUGGUACUUAUUUAUGCUUUUCAACUCAAGGGAAUCCUUUAUUACUCAGAACAUUUCCCCCACUGAAAUUUCUAAAAGCAUGAACAACUGAGUUUUUUUUUUUAAAAAAGUCACAUUGGAAAGUGAAAUAUUUUUACAAAAAUACUCUAACCAAAUGGUGGGUUCCCUGGGCUAUCACAUAGGAAAUCAUGAUUUUAAACUGUUGGGGGAAAAAAAAAUCCUUUCAAAGACAUGAUGAGUUGAUAAUUUUUGAAAAUGUGAAAUAAUGAGCAAGCCAAUGUUUUGUUAAGGCAUCAAAACUUGCAUUCAAAGCCCCAUACUCUUGGGCCUUGGGACACAUCAUUUCUGAGAAGGUGGCAGAUAAUAACUUUUUUUUUUUUUUUUUAAUGAUGAAAACAAGUGAAGCAAGUUUUAAGCGAGCUGUAUAAUGCCAAGAAGUGGAAGUUGGCUGGACCACUGAUUGGAAAAGUGCACGUGGAGAGGAGUGGGACUGACCUACUCCACAGUCUGAUCCAGUAGGCUCUUCCCACCUCCCCCGUAUCUGUCUGCGGUCUUCGUAGGAAGCAGGGCGAUCUGCGGACUCCCGACUGUUCCUCUGCUGGGCAGCAGAGGACAGUAGAGGACCGCAUUUGGGAAGAGCCUCUUUCCCGCACAUACCCCUCAGAGCCCAGUAGGUGGCACCCUCCUCAGCCCGGGACUUCAAUCUGGCUUCUGGGAGAAGGGUGGCCAGCCAUCACAGUCUUUCUGCUUAAGGCUCAGGCUUUCAAAGGGAGCCUGGGAGAGAGUCGUCCCUCCUUUCUGUUUGUAGGCACAGAGCACCUAGCUCUGAGAAGUCUGAUAUUACUGAUAUUCUGAUAUGCUGAUAUAUAUACACUGAUAAGUCUGAUAUUAUUCUGGUCAAGUUUUUGUUUGUUUGUUUGUUUGUUUGUUUGUUUUUAUUCUCCAAAAGAUUUUUCCUUUCAUAUCCACUCUGGCCACAGGACUGUUUUAUACUGCAGUGGUUGGUAUUCAGCCAUUUAAGUGACCUGCUUGCCUUUGCAUCUCGCUGGCACACAACUGCCCUUGAUAAGUUGUUCACCCCUCUCUGUAUCUCCAUUUUUUUAUGGGCGUGGUUAUGGGCUGGAUUGUGUCCCCCCCACACACACACAAAAUUCACGUACGGAAGCUCUCA